AUGUUACAGCUGAGCAGGGUGUUGGGUCCUUUGUUGGAGGACUAUGUUACAGCUGAGCAGGUUGUUGGGUCCUUUGUCGAGGACUAUGUUACAGCUGAGCAGGUUGUUGGGUCCUUUGUUGAGGACUAUGUUACAGCUGAGCAGGUUGUUGGGUCCUUUGUUGAGGACUAUGUUACAGCUGAGCAGGUUGUUGGGUCCUUUGUUGGAGGACUAUGUUACAGCUGAGCAGGUUGUUGGGUCCUUUGUUGGAGGACUAUGUUAUAGCUGAGCAGGUUGUUGGGUCCUUUGUUGGAGGACUAUGUUACAGCUGAGCAGGUUGUUGGGUCCUUUGUUGGAGGACUAUGUUACAGCUGAGCAGGUUGUUGGGUCCUUUGUUGGAGGACUAUGUUACAGCUGA